CUGCACUGUAAACGCUUGCCUGGGCGAGCGAAAGGAAGUGAACUGUCACAGCGUUUCGGGACAAGCUUGGAGUUGACCAAAUCCAACAGUCUGAAUAUACGCAAAGAGUGUGUGUAUUGUAUAGUUUUACACCUUACCGAUCUGGCACUGGCGAGGAUUACAGCGCUUAGCCUGCUGCAACAAACCACCGUGUGUCGUUGGCAGGAUUCGCUGUGUCUGGAUCCACCAUCACCACACGGCAGCAGAGAAACACACACUUUAUUGUUCAGGGCUAGCUAGCUAGCUUUGAAAAGCCGCUUGUUUUCGUGUCUUCGGAGCGGACCUGAGGCUCAAUGGCUACGAAUUCAGAUCAGAUACAUGGCGUUUCCGAAGACGAGCAUGAAUGCAGGGUGCUGCGCGUUAAAGUCAUCGCAGGAAUUGACUUGGCUAAGAAGGACAUCAUCGGAGCAAGCGAUCCAUAUGUCAAACUCUCCCUCUACUCUGCGGAUCAGGACCAGGAGCUCGCCUUAGUUCAGACAAAAACAAUUAAAAAGACCCUGAAUCCCAAAUGGAACGAAGAGUUCUACUUUCGAGUGUGUCCCCUGAAUCACAGACUGCUCUUUGAGGUGUUUGAUGAAAAUAGACUGACGGAAGACCCCGCCAUGGAGCGACCGUACACAUUUAAAGACUUCCUCCUGCGGCCUAGAAGGUUGUCCAGUCACAAGUCCCGGGUGAAGGGGUACCUGCGGUUGAAGAUGGCGUACCUGCCCAACCAGGACGGACAGGAAGAGGAAGUGGGCGACGUCAGGGAGGAAGCAGAGGGCUGGGAGGAGACCAGUGAACAGGGGAACCAGAGGCCCCAGCAGCUGGUGCCUCCCCUGCCCCCCGGCUGGGAGGAGAAGGUGGACAACCUGGGCCGCACCUACUUCGUCAACCACAACAACCGCUCCACGCAGUGGAAGCGCCCCACCAACAUGGAUGUGAUUUCGGAGAGUGAGAACGACAGCCAGCAGCGGCAGAUCCACCAGGAGGCGCACCGCGUGUUCCGCUCCCGGAGACACAUCAGCGAGGACCUGGAGAACGAACACAUGGAGCCCAGCCGGGACCUGGACAACCUAUGGGAGCUGAUCUCAGAGGAGGAUCCCAAUGAGCUCCCCGGCCCCCCUUCCACCUCCUCCUCCAUCAUCAUGCCCUCCCAGCCCCCCCAGUCCCCGGGCCCCCCCCAGGAGUACUCUGAGGAGCUCAGACUCUCGUUCCAGCCCGAGACCAACGGAGAAGACCCAGGACCUGCGUCUGUCCAGGGCCAGCUGUCCGAUAGACUUCGCUCCUCCAGUAUGACGGAUGGAGUCAGCGAUCAGGCUCAGCCUCCACCCCUGACGACGCCCAGCUCCCAGAGCAGAAGAACCAGAGCUCAGACAGUAACAGGCGUUGAGGAGCCCAUGUCCCCCUUGGCGGCGGCAGCCUUCGUUCUGACCCCGCCUAUCCUGCCCACCGGGUGGGAAGAGAGGAAGGACGGCAAGGGUCGCACCUACUUCGUCAACCACAACAGCCGCUCCACCACCUGGACCCGACCCGUCAUACAGCUGACGGAAGACGGCGCCGGCACCUCCGCGGCGGGCGCGACCGCCUCCACCUCCUCCCCCACCUCCGGAGCCGGGGGUCCCUCGGAGGCCUCCCCCUCCACCUCCUCGGCCUCCGGCUCCACGAGCCACCUCCAUGAGCCCCCCCAGGUCCGCAGGGCCCGUAGCCUCAGCUCCCCCACCGUCACCCUGUCCACCCCCAUAGAGGGCGCCAACAACAUCCAGGUGCGGCGGGUGGUCAAAGACACGGUGUCCAACCCCCAGACCCCCCAGCCUUCGCCAUACAGCUCCCCCAAGUCCCAGCACAAGCCCCAGCAGAGCUUCCUCCCGCCUGGCUGGGAGAUGAGGAUAGCGCCCAACGGAAGGCCCUUCUUCAUCGACCACAACAGCCGCAACACCACCUGGGAGGAUCCCAGGUUGAAGUACCCGGUCCACUUGAGGACCAAGACCUCCAUGGAGCCUGGGGAGCUGGGGCCUCUUUCGAACAUACCACCAGUGGAGCCUGGCUGGGAGGAGAGGAUCCACACCGAUGGACGCACCUUUUACAUCGACCAUAACACAAAGAACACUCAAUGGGAGGACCCUCGCCUGCAGAGCCCAGCCAUCACGGGACCUGCAGUUCCUUACUCCAGAGAAUUCAAGCAGAAAUACGACUACUUCAGGAAGAAAUUGAAGAAGCCGGCGGACAUUCCCAACCGCUUCGAGAUGAAGCUGCACCGGAACAACAUCUUCGAGGAGUCGUACCGCCGCAUCAUGUCCCUGAAGCGGCCCGACGUCCUGAAGGCGCGGCUCUGGAUCGAGUUCGAGCUGGAGAAGGGGCUGGACUACGGGGGCGUGGCCCGCGAGUGGUUCUUCCUGCUGUCCAAGGAGAUGUUCAACCCCUACUACGGCCUCUUCGAGUACUCCGCCACAGACAACUACACACUCCAGAUCAACCCCAACUCUGGCCUGUGUAACGAGGACCACCUGUCCUACUUCAAGUUCAUUGGUCGCGUGGCAGGAAUGGCCGUGUUCCAUGGGAAGCUGUUAGACGGAUUCUUUAUCCGACCGUUUUACAAGAUGAUGCUGGGCAAACAGAUCUCUCUCAAAGAUAUGGAGUCCGUGGACAGUGAGUACUACAACUCCCUGAAGUGGAUCCUGGAGAACGACCCCACGGAGCUGGACCUGCGGUUCUGCAUCGACGAGGACAACUUCGGACAGACAUACCAGGUGGACCUAAAGCCCAGUGGGUCGGACAUGGUGGUCACCAACGACAACAAAAAGGAAUACAUUGACCUUGUGAUCCAGUGGAGGUUUGUGAACCGGGUCCAGAAGCAGAUGAACGCCUUCCUAGAGGGCUUCACUGAGCUCAUCGUCGUGGAUCUGAUCAAGAUCUUUGAUGAAAAUGAACUGGAGCUGUUGAUGUGUGGUCUGGGGGACGUGGAUGUCAACGACUGGAGGCAACACACGGUGUAUAAAAACGGCUACUGUCCUAAUCACCCUGUCAUACAGUGGUUCUGGAAGGUGGUCCUCCUGAUGGACGCCGAGAAGCGGAUCCGUCUGCUGCAGUUUGUGACCGGGACGUCCCGGGUGCCCAUGAACGGCUUCGCAGAGCUCUACGGCUCCAACGGACCUCAGCUGUUCACCAUCGAGCAGUGGGGCACUCCGGAGAAGCUACCCAGGGCCCAUACGUGCUUCAACCGCCUGGACCUGCCCACCUACGAGUCGUUUGAGGACCUAAGGGAGAAACUGCUCAUGGCGGUGGAGAACGCCCAAGGGUUUGAGGGCGUCGACUAGAACCGACUUAAAAAAAGAGACAUCAAGACGAAAAAAAUAACUAUGACCAUGUAACAAACAACCAACAAACUGCCAUUUCUGUUUUAAAGUGGUGGUGGUGGUGGUGGUGGUGGAGGUAGCGGUUGUGUUGCUAGCAUGUUGUGCUGUAUGCAUGACGGUGUAAGCGGCUGCCACGGCAACAGCAUGGAGGCUAUAGAGACUGUACAGCGACUUGUUGGGCCAAUUUGCCUGUCUCUCUCUCUCUCUCUCUCUCUCUCUCUCUCUCUCUCUCUCUCUCUCUCUCUCUCUCUCUCUCUCUCUCUCUCUCUCUCUCUCUCUCUCUCUCUCUCUCUCUCUCUCUCUCUCUCUCUCUCUCUCUCUCUCUCUCUCGGUCUUCUGUCUCUGUGGGUGCGUCCCUCUUUUAUUCAAGGUGCUGCCCAAAGGAGCGGCCUUAUAUUUGUGUGCACCUUAAAGAUGCUGACUUCUAUCACUACACUGGCAUGGUUAUCCCAUAAUAACAAAGCGAUCCUCUCGUUCUCAUUGUAACCCUGGAUGUCCCUUUAACUCUCUCUCGGCCUCUCUUCCUCUCUCUCUUUACUUCUUUGAUAAAUCGGUAGGGCUGGAAACAACUCGAAUGCAUUUCAACUGCUCCUUUACACUAUAUUAUAGCACAUUGUGUUAGUACCCUUCUCCUACUGGGGGUCCUGACAGGCCCUGAGCCCGGCCUGACUUACUACAUGCACUAUUUCUCUCUCUCUCUGUGUCUCUCCCUCUGUCUCUCUCUGUCUCUCUUUUUCUGUCUGUCUCUCUCUCGUUCUCUGUCUCUCUUUUUCUGUCUGUCUCUUGCUUUCUGUCUCUCUCUCUAUAUCUCUCUCGUUCCCUCUCUCUCUGUGUCUCUCCCUGUGUCUCUCUUUCUCUUUUUCUGUCUGUCUCUCUCUUGCGCUCUGUCUCUCUCUCUAUAUAUCUCUCUCGUUCUCUCUCUCUGUCCAACUGUAAAAAAACAACAACAACAACACCUGAUAGAACGGCGCAGCGAUCACCUGUCCCUGGGAUCCUUACAGCGACACCAGAUUACCUUAGGAAUGCUAGCCAAUCCAAGACAAGGAGAUCUCCCACUCCCUUGUCUCUCUCUAAUCCGUGUGUUGCUGGAUGGCUGAGUGAUGGUAGGACAGAGAGCAGAGAAAUGUCCUCUCUCAAAUGAUGGUUUUAUAGCCUUUUCUUAGGUGAAAAAAAAAAAAAGAUUUUUAAAAUCGAUUUUUAUCACGUUAUCAUUCUUACGAGAAAAUACAAAAAACGAAACUGUCUUUGUACUGAUGAAUAAUGUUUACUAUUUUGAGAAAAAAAUCUUUAAAAAAGUGUGUGAAGUGUAAAUCUGGCUUGUUACGGCGGGGAGAGGGAGAACGACUUACUCCUAUGAUUUGUUAUGGUGAUAGCAAACGUGUUCUAUUGUGAUUCUAUGAAAUUGGCAUGAAAAAUGUAUUGUGUCUUUGCUUGAAUAACAAUAGUAAAUGGAAGUGUAUUUCUCGCUGUCUGUGUUGAGCUCUGGGGAAGAAGCUACUGGGGUUUAUUUUGGGGACUUUGGGACAACAUGGUUCUGGUGGUAUGCUUAUCCCUUUUCAUAAUGCUGUCAAAUUCUUCCUGGAACCCCCCCCCCCCAUAACCCCACUAUUGAAAUACUUUCUAUAUAUCUAUAUACAAAAAUAUAUAUAUGUAUGUAUUACAAUUAACAAAAGUAUUAUUGAUCAACAACACUAAAAUGAAGCGUUUUUUGUGUGUGUGUGUGUGUGCGUGUGCGUGCGUGCGUGUGUGUGUGUGUGCGUGUGCGUGUGUGUGCGUGUGCGUGUGCGCGUGCGAGAAUGCGUGCGUAUGUGUGUGCGUGCGUUUCUCGAGAAAAGCUGUGAUUGCCACUGAAUAGAAAGCAGCGUUCCCUACGCUUUUCCUCCCGUCUCUCCUUUUUCUAACACCAUUGAACCUAAAUGGGCACUUUAUAGAUCCUCCUACGAUCCUGUCGCCUGUCGUCUGUCUUUACCAUGUAGACCUGAAUGUGAUUCUCUGAUUUCAUUGUGUACCUUUCUUCCAAUAUGAGCACUUACCUGGUGCAAUAUGAAUAGUUUGUAAAUCUGGCCUGCUGCUAAAAAACACCCACAGAUCAUGUCAACCGAGGUGAAAGUGUGACCACCACUUUAUUUUGGUAUAUUCUUGACACUUUCAUUAUUCCUGGUUUUCCUUUUAACGUACUCCUGUCCUGUCUGUUUUGUCUUCUUUCUGAAUUCGCCCAGGUUUGCGUUUUGUCUUAUUUUCUUUUGUUCGGUUGGUUGUUUUGUUUUUUCCUUUUUAUUUUUUUUGGUUAUCUUUUCUUAGUUUUUUUAAUUUUAUCUAUGACAGGAAAUAUCACUUUUGUUAAAGAUUGUGCCACUUGCUCAAGGUAUGUGGUUUAUAUAUCUUCAGUCAAAUAAAAUGGACCGUCUCCGUAUAAAUAUG